CAUAAGGAAGAUAGUAGCAGUAGUUAUUACGGAUCCUCACAUAUAUGGAAUUUUAAUAUUUGAUGAAUAUUUUCUGGAUAGCAGAUAAUUACAAAUUAAUUUAUUGCUAUUUCAUAGAAAAAGAUCCAACCAUAAACCACUAUUUAUACCUGACCUUGUUAAUUUCUGGUUACAAAACUUUUCAGUAGUGAUAAUGACAGCUCCAAACAUGGCGAUAAUCACUGCAUCGUUAGAGAGAUCUCUGCAAAACUGUUCUCUAUACGAAAACAACAACAUCGCCGACGACACAGACGCAGGUGGUGGUGUUGGGUUCUCAUUAUCAUCAUCAUCCUCAGAUUCUUCUGAAAAUCAUUUCUCUAACUCCUAUGAUGCCAUCUUAGACCUCAAUUCUCACCUCUCUCUCCCUUACCAUUGGGAACAAUGUCUCAAUCUAAAGACUGGGGAGAUAUAUUACGUAAACUCAAGGACAAGGAUGAAAGCGAAAGAGGAUCCGAGAACAGCAGCAGUGAUGGCAACGGAGUACCGAGGUAGCUUUUCUUCACAAGAAGAAGAAGAAGAUAGCUCUUUCGAUGGAGAGGAUGGUGAGAAAGAUGACCAUGUACUGGUGGUUGCGGGUUGCAAGAGCUGUCUGAUGUAUUUCAUGGUCUCCAAACAGGUCGGAGCUGUUUGCCCCAAAUGUUGUGGUCAACUGCUCCGUUUUGAUCCAGUGGCAUUCCAGUGGCAUGGCAGAAGCCAAUACUCCAGAAUAACACUACAAGAGGAACCAAUCCCCCAUAUGUCACUUUCUAAAGCCAUAGCCAAAACAGAGGGCUCAUCUACCAGAUAUUCACUGCCAACAUCCAUACCAAGGGCCCUUUUGCAAGAAUAUCAGCACACACGUAACCUCAAGCCAGAUUUGUUGUAG